AUGAAGUCCUUUGUCGGCCUCGCCUUGGCCUUGGCAUCUGCCGGGACUGCAAAGGGGGAUGGAGCAGGCUCGAAUGACGCAAGCUGUUGCAGAGCCCUCUCCCACGCUCUCCGGCCCAUCUACCACGGCCCGUCGUCGCCCGACUAUGACGACCUCAUCAAGGCGCGCUGGUCCGGCACGGCGGUGCUGCACCCGGGCUGCGUCGUGACGCCCAAGUCGGCCCGGGACGUGUCCGCCAUCAUCAAGAUGGUGACCAAAAAGCAGUGCAGGUUCGCCGUCAAGGCCGGCGGCCACAACGCCAACCCGGGGGCCAACAGCAUCGACGGCGGCGUGUCCAUCGACCUCGGCGGCCUGGACUCGGCGCGCCUCGCCCGCGACCGCGCCUCGGUGACGCUCGGCGCCGGGCUCAGCUGGGGCCGGGCGUACGACCGGUUCAACAGCAGCCGCAUUGGCUUCCCCGGCGGCGUGUGCGAGGACGUCGGCGUCGGCGGCCCCUCGCUGGGCGGCGGCCAGUCGCUGUUCCAGGCCAAAAGGGGCUGGGCCGUCGACAACAUCCUCAGCUACGAGCUGGUGCUGGCGUCGGGGGACGUGGUCCGCGCCAGCCAGACGAGGCACCCGGACCUGUUCAAGGCGCUCAAGGGCGGCAACACCAACUUCGGCAUCGUCACGCACGUCGAGUUUGCCGCCUUUGACCUCGACGACAUCUGGGGCGGCGAGGUCCGCGUCAGUCUGAACGGGCCCCAGGCCAGCCGGGCAGAGAUGCUCGACCGCAUCUGCCACGCCACCGUCGACUUUGUCCGGAACAACAACAACGAUCUCGACACGGGGCUGCAGGUCGCCACGGCCUAUCUCAGCGGCAACAAGGGCCAGCUCGUCGACUUGGCCCUCUCCAACACGGCCGGCGUGGAGAACGCCAAGGCUGCCCGGCCGUUCCUGAAGAUGCCCAACCAAGUGUCGAACGCGGCUCGUCGCACCAAGGUUGCCGACUUUGUGCACGAGGUCAGCAAGUUUGUGCCCAAGGGCUUCCGUCUCGACAGUCAAGUCACGGCCAGCCUGACCAUCGCCAACGACUACCAGACUCUCCGUGAGAUCUGGGAUGCCACCGACAAGGUGUACAACGAUCUUCCGCAAAAGGAGAAGGUGGACUGGAUCAUCCAGCUCAUCCCCCAGCCCAAGGUCCAGCAAUCGUAUGCCAAGAAGCGCGGUGGCAACAGCCUCGGCCUGGCCAACGUCAAGGAAGACCAAAUCGUCUUCUGGCUGGCAUCGCGAUGGACCGACCCCAGCCUCGACGACAUGAUGGAAGCCGCGCGCCGAAAGUUCAUCGACGUCUCCGAGGCCGUGGCCAAGAAGCACGGCACAUACUCUCCCUUUCUCUACAUCAACUUUGCCGCCCCUUCCCAGGAGCCCCUCUGCGGCUACGGGGCCGAGAGCGUGGCGUUUCUGAACAAGACUGCCAAGAAAUACGAUCCGCACGGCGUUUUCCAGACCCUGAUGCCGGGGGGAUUCAAGAUUAGCAAGGCCAAGUGCGCUCGGGGCGGGCUUAGUUAUGUGUAA